AUGUCUCAACUUCUCAGUCGAGUCUUGAAGCCUCAUGUCUGCAAAAACGUCAUCAGACACAACAACAAGAUGGCUCGGUUAUUCUCAUCUAUGCCAAUGUACCCUUACGUGCUAAUUGACCGCAUCCUUAACGGACAAGUUUCUUCGGAUGGUCACAUAGAAACAAGGAUGGUCUCAAAUACGGAAAAGAAAAUCUUGAUUAUGAACGAGGAAAUUGCAAAAGAAAUCCGAGACGCAAUGAAUACUGGAUAUUGUUGUAAAAAGGAUAGAUUAAGAGUUUCCAAGUUUUCCCAUAGCAUACACAUCACGCGUGAUGAUUACGAUCUUUCUGAUCUUAAAGUAAGUCGUCCAUUACCUUGGCUUCCCUUAGGCUCUCGAACCAUAAAAGUAGAUACAUUACCUUCUCUGCCUCUAGGCUCUCAAAUCAUAAACGCAGUGACCAUGUCCUCUUGUGAAAGAGAAGAUAUAAACAAUCAUAAAGACUUUGUUGCGGUUCUCAAGUUAUCAGGAUCUCAGCUUAAGGUCUAUAGGUCAGCUUCUCCAGUCGGUCCUCACUUGCGAUGGAACGAUAUUGAAAACGUACAUGAGUAUAUGAGCCCAUUCUCGAGUCUCAUGUUCUCUAAGAAAGAUCAAAAGUUCUACAUUCCAAGUCCCGGGGGCGCAUAUUUGUGCUCUUUUGAUCUCAACUUCAAGGAGAAAGACACGCCCGAGCUCGUUAGCUUAUGGAUAAAUCUUCUUCCUCCAAUUGUGUUGCACAGUUUGGCCGACCUGAUUCCAAUGACCAGGACAGAUCACAUGGUGGAGUCACCAUCCGGAGAACAAUUCUUCAUCAACUGGUACUACGGAGACGACUUGACGGAUUACAAUGUUGAAAAAUUCGGGCACAAAACAAAACGGUUCAUGGUGUUUAAAGUUGAAGAAUCAUCAACGGAUAAAAACAGAAAAAAUAUGACUUACACAGAAAACAUUGGAGAUCUUUGUAUCUUUCUUGGUCGUGAUGAAGCUUUCUCUCUCGAAGCAAGCUCGUCUCCAGGUCUUAAGCCAAACUGCAUCUAUUUUGUGGGUUAUAACUAUGGAGUUUUCGACCUCAACACACAAAUUUGCACUCUCUUCUCCACAGAGGAAGGUCCAUUAAGAUCCACUGGUUUUCCCUAUUGGCCUCCUCCACUAUAUAUCACUCCUAUUUAA